AUGCCACCCCGAUCGGCUUUGACCAGCUCCUUCUCCGUCACAGACGCCAAUUUGGAGGUUGUGUGCCCUCUCAAGAACCACGAUGGCUCAAGCUGUCGCAAGAGGUGUCUGGGCGAGAAGCGAUAUCGGUCCAUGCAAGAGCACAUCCGUCGUGCCCACCCCGAUAACUACAUCCCGAAACUCCCAGCGACCGAAGAGAGCUUUCUGUUGAUGGUCAAUACCCCUCCAUCGCACCGUCCUCAUUUACACCAAGCCGACGGUCUCCCCGCUCCGUCGUCAUCAUUGUCAUCCGGUUACGGUCUUGACAGGAAUGCCUUGUUUGGCGAUGAGUAUGGUGCGGUCGCUCCUCCCCGCGUCCCCGAGGAAUUUCGUCGCGGAUCCCUUCUCCAGGCGUCCCAUGCUGCCGCUGCCCUAACCCAGCUGCACAAUCAUCGCCCGGAUUCGGAUUGGGACUCGGAACAGCAACCAGCUCACAUACCUGCAGGUCGAUCGUCCACGCUACCUCCCUUCGCAAGCGGCCGACCCGUCAAACCGAACCGACCGCGGAAGCCAUCGGUGGGCCAGAAUGCUCGUAAGGCCAAACACGAAAGGCAGAGAAGCAAUGAUCACGCGCGGAGGAUGAGUUAUGAUAGGAAAGCGUACAGUGCGGAACCUUCGAGCAUGGCCCAACUGAUGGGAAAGAGAUGGGAAGAUCUGAUUGAUGCUGCAGCCAGUGCGACCGAGGAAGAUGGGAGAGACCUCACUCCGAUACCCUCGUCGCCCCACCCGACGAAAUCGCAACCGAACCACGUUUCCAACGAUCGAUCCUCCCUUCCACCACCGUACCUUGCAGGUAAUCGAAACUCCGGUGGUUACGCCGCUUCGCCGUUAGCACGAACGCUCACACCCCCACCUCCAGACACGUCCGAUCUGCAGCCGUUUCCUUCCGUCGAAUCAUCGGUGGACUCAAGUAUCUCCGGGCGAAACUUCCACUUUCCAUCGUCCAUCGGCCUCGGGGACGGUAGUCCCGGGGGGAUCGCGAUGAUGGAGAUUUACUGCGCUGCCUGCCACCGUCUGGCACCGCUAUCGCAGGCAUACGCGUGCACGGAAUGCAUCUGCGGGGUGUGUCCGGCGUGCGUGGACGUAUGGGUGGAGGAGCAGGCCCGAGGGCGAGGGGUCAAGUGCCCGAAAUGCGGAGCGGUGGGCGGCAAGUUUAAACGCGUCGGUUUGGAUGUGAGAUAA